ACAGAAGUAACAAAGAGACCAAACUCAAGACCAGUUUAUUUUUUAUGAGACAAGAAAAAGAACAAGCAGUAAACAUUCUUGAAUAAUAUUUUAAGUACAAUAUGUUAUCAAGGAGGUAUAUUGAUAUUAUGUAUCAGUGGUGUGCCUAAUGGGUUUGAAGUUUAUGGGGCUCUAGUAGGCAGCAUAUUAAGAACUUUAUCUCAAAGAUUUAAAUUAAAUGUGAGAAAAUAUUAGCUACAGUAUGUCGGAACAAAAAGUCAAUUUGCAUGAGGCACUGAAUCAUGGAAUUAAAGUUGAACCAGGCCAAUGCUCUGUUUUUGAUAUUAACCAUGAAGAAAGUUUUCUAAAUUUUUUUCCAACAAUUUCAUCAAUGUUAAACCCUGUGAGGUCACAAAAAGAAAUUGAAGGUAAUGAUAAAUGUAUGAAAUAUGAGGAUAACUGCAGAAAUGUAUUCAGUAUAGAACAACAUAAAUUUGAUAGUUUAAAGGAACACUUAAAAAUAAACAAUGAACAUUUGGAAUAUAAAUGUGAACAUUUUAGAGAAACCCAUUUAGGAAUUAAAAUAGAGGAAGCGCAAUCUCAAUGUCAAUAUUGUGCAAAGGAAUUUGAUGGCAGAUGUAAAUUAGAAAAACAUUUGAGAAUACAAACAGGGAAGAUGUCCAAUGAAUGUUGGAAUUUGAACACACACUCAUGGAAACUUACAGAAAGGACAGCAUAUGAAUGUGAACAUUGUGGAAUGAAGAUCAAUCAAGGCAAGAUUUUGAAGAUACAAUUAACAAAACAUAAAGGACAAGUAGCAUAUGAAUGUGAACAAUGUGGACAAACAUUUACGCACCAGAACAGUUGGAAAACACACUUAAGGACACAUACUGGAGAGAAGCCAUAUGAAUGUGAAUAUUGUGGUAGAAGAUUUAGACAAACUGUCAAAUUUAAUACUCAUUUAAGGAUACACACUGGAGAAAGACCAUUUGAAUGUGAAUAUUGUGGAAAGAGAUUUAAUGAAAAUAGCAAUUUGAAAUCUCAUUUAAGCAUACAUAAAGGAAAAAGACCGUACGAAUGCGGACAUUGUGGAGAGAAGUGUAUUACCAGUGGCACUUUGAAAGCACAUAUAAUGAUACACACAGGAGAAACACCAUUUGAAUGUGAACAUUGUGGAAAGAAAUUUAGACUUAACAGAAGUUUUAGACGACAUUUAAAGAUGCACACAGGUGAGAAACGUCAUGCAUGUGAACAUUGUGGAAAGAAGUUUAUUCGACGGGACGAGUUGAAAAGUCACUUAAGGAUGCACACAGGAGAAAGACCAUUUGAAUGUGAAAAAUGUGAAAAGAAAUUUACGCACAAGAACAAUUGGAGAACACACUUAAGGACACAUACUGGAGAGAAGCCAUUCGAAUGUGAAUAUUGUGGAAAGAAAUUUGCAGCCAGUAGUAGUAUGAAACAUCAUGUAACCAGACAUACAGACGUUUCUAGUGAAUGUAAACAGUGUGGAAAGACAUUUUUAUUUAAACAGUCUUAUUUAAGGCACAUGAAGAUACAUGCAGGUGACGUACCGUAUGAAUGUGAACAUUGUGGAAAGAAGUUUCUUUAUAAAACUGCCUUGCAAACACAUUUAAGAGUACACACUGGUGAGACUCCAUAUGAAUGUAAACCAUGUGGACAGAGGUUUAAAUACAAUCACGGCUUGAAAAGACAUUUGAAUUGUGGCACACAUAAAAAAAUAGCAAUUUCCUGUAUCUGAAACUGGGUUGUACCCCCUUCUUGAAAGAAAGUAGACUCAGUUUGAUUUUGGUUGUACAUGUAUAACCAUAGAAAACAUGCUGAUUAAUUUUGUUGUAUGAGAAACCAAUGUUGGAAGAGACUUCAUAUUGAAAAGAGUAGAAAGGAAUAAUAAUAUUCAAAGUAAAAUUACCUAGUCAUAUAUAAAAUACAUGUACGAGCUGAGAAUGAUUAUUAUUAUUGUUGGAAGUGACUUCGGUUGUCUACCCCACAAAAUAUGCUGAAUAGCGAUGUUAAGAGAAACCUAUAUUGAAAAAAAAGAUAGAAAGUAAUAAUAAACAAUGCAGAAUGCCCUGUAGUCAAAUAUUACGUAUCUGACAUUUACCAGCUCAGCUUUUGAGAUGUGCUAAAACUAUAUUUUGGUAUUAUUAAUUUGUUUUGUAUUUCCAUACCAUGUUUUUGAAAUCUGUUCUUUUUAGUAAAAUUCACACCUGUGUACACGUGUUUUUUUUAUUAUUAUUAAUCAUUGGGUUCAUUAAAAUGGGAUUUUUAAUGAGUAAGUAAAUGAAAGAUAAAGGUAAAAUUUAAUACACAAGAUAUUCCUUUAUGAAUAAUAAUGGUACAAUUAUUUCUCCCAUGUGAAAUGUAAUACAAUGCACAACUGUCAAUUUUGAGGAAGUUACAUGUUUAGGAAUGUUAAAUGUUUUCAAUAUUUGUUAUUGUUUUAAAUUUGAUUCCUUCAUAUAUUUUUUUCUAUUAUUUUGUUUUAAUCCACACUAAUUAAAUACAUUGUUGAAAUAAAAGUUAUUUUGAAAUGGAAA